AUACCGGUUCUAUAUCCUCUCUUUGUCGCCAUCUCUGUCUUCGUGUCUUGGAACAUUUUAACACGGUGAACCGAAGAUAUAAAUAAAAAAAAAUAACAGUUAUGGUAGUUGUGAACUAUGAACAAAAUCGUGGACGAUUCUGUAAUUCAAUAAAUUUGAAUAAAAUCAUAAUUCGGUUGUUUUAGAUUGUUUUGUGUACGGUGAAUUGUUCAAAAGUUUUUGUUUAUGAUACCUUCUGCAAUUAUUAUCAGUGAAUGUUAUACAAUUUGAAAGGAUAUAAAUGUUAUAUUGACGCAAGCAUUUAUGCAGAAAGAUAAUUAUUAAUGGUUGUCUCUGACUACAAGUUUCUACAAAAAUAAAGAUGAAAUUCUUGAAUAUUUUCAUUCUCGCAUCUUUAGCGCUGAAAGGAUGCUUGGCCAAUUUACCACCAGUCUUUACCAUGGACAUGAACAAUUUAGUCAUACCAGAAAAUACUCCGGUCGAUACUGUGAUAUAUAAAUUACAAGGGACUGAUCCUGAAGGUAAAAUGAUCCGUUAUGGGAUAGGUGGAACUGACAUACUCAGAGUGAAUCCUGAUACUGGCGAUGUAACCGUUGCAAAACCAAUCGACUAUGAGAGAAACAAUACACUCAACAUAAUCGUCAGUAUCGAAGACGAAGUGGAAGGUGGAGGUAAAAAUAAUAUUGUCGAAGUGCCAAUAACGGUUAUUAUCUCCGACGAAAACGAUAACCCUCCAGAAUUCAUCGAGGCGCCGUACGAAAUUACCGCUAACGAAGAUACCGCGCCCGGUAGAAAAAUAUUCGAAGGAAUUUCGGUCGUAGAUAAAGAUACGAUCGGAUCGAAUAUCGAAGUUGAAUGUAUAAAUCCGCCAGAUGAUCCCGAUGCAUGUGAAAUAUUCGACGUGGAAACUCUAGAUUCGGAACAAAACUCGUAUUCCGGCGCCGUAAAGUUGCUCAAGAAAUUGAAUUACAACGACAAACAAAUCCAUUAUUUCACUUUAAAAGCUACGGAUGGCGAUCUGUCUAGCACUACUAAUGUUGCUGUACACGUGGGGGAUGUACAAGACACCCCGCCGUAUUUCGUCGGUAAUUUGACAGCGGAAAUAAAAGAAGACGUUGAUAUAAAUACUUUGGUGAUGAAAGUACAUGCCGAAGAUGGCGAUCGAGGGAUACCCAGAAAAAUCGUAUACGAAUUAGUUAAUAAUCCAAUGGACUAUUUUUUAUUAGAUUCGAUGAGCGGAGAAUUGAGAACCGCGCGACCCAUCGACAAAGAAUCGGUAGAUAACCUCGAGGGAAUCCUGAAAUUCAAUAUAAGGGCACACGAAUUGGUUAACGGUAUCAAAAGCAACGAGCCUCUAACUAUUUCAACAGCGGAAGCAGUUGUAAAAAUAAUAGACGUCAACGACGAACCACCGAAAUUCAACAAGAGAGAAUACACCGUGGAAAUUCCCGAAAAUAUCUUGGAAGGUUCCGCUCUACCCGGACUAGAUAUGACGGUUAACGAUCCGGAUGAAGGGGAAAACGCGGCGUUUUCACUCGAUCUUAUCGACAUAUACGAAGUGUUUUCCAUCGAACCGAAAACGGCCAAAGGUUGGACGCCUGUCACCAUUAGAGUUGCCAAUAGUUCUUUGGAUUACGAAGAUCUCAAUCAGAGGAAAUUUAUAAUUUUAGCUAAGGCUAAAGAACUUAAUACCAAUGAGCAAUUAUCUUCCACUGCUACGGUUACCGUCUCCGUAAUCGACGUCAACGAUAACGCACCUAGUUUCGACAAAGAAGGUUAUACUGCUAGGAUUUCGGAAACGGCUACUUCUGGUACGUUAGUAAGUACGAUAACUGCUAGCGAUCGCGAUAGUGGAAAAUUUGGAGAAAACGGAAUAGUUUACAAACUGUCCGGUGAUGGGGCCGAAAAAUUUCAUGUAAACAAUCGCACUGGAACUAUUAUUGUAAAGGAUUGUGAAACGCCUGGAAAAAAACCUUGUUUAGAUUACGAAACGAAACCGGAAUACAAUUUACAGUUUAUUGCUGUUGACGACGACGGUAAAGGACAAACCACAACGGUGCCCUUAAAAAUCCAACUGACCGACAACAACGACAACCCCCCGGUUUUUAGCCAAUCCAUAUACAGAGCAUUUAUAAACGAGGGUUCGAUAAAAUUUCAACCGGAAUUAGUUGUCGAAGCCUCGGACGCCGAUAAAACUUCGCGUGUUACAUAUUCAAUAAUUUCCGGAAACGACGACGGUCUAUUCAACGUUAUACCCACCACUGGGGUUAUCAGGAUUAUAAAUAAUAAAGGAUUGGAUAUAAGUAACGAAACUGAUAAUGUCGUAUCAUUGACUGUUAUGGCUAGUGACGGACAGUUCACUUCGACGGCAACUGUGAAUAUCACAGUGCUCGAUGUAAACAACAAUAUACCAAUUUUUUCGCGACAACAUUAUCUCGAAGCAGUCCUCGAAAACGUACCGAUAGGUUCGUCCGUAAUGAAAGUUGAAGCGACAGAUGCCGAUACAGGAGAAAACGCAGUAGUAGAAUAUUUCAUCCAAAAAGGAUCUUACGAAGAUUUCAAAAUCGAUAAUACCACAGGAGUUAUUUCCGUAGCAAAAAAAUUAGAUUACGACAGAAGAAAUACUUAUACACUCGAAGUAACAGCCGUCGAUCACGGAACGCCGAGCUUAACAGGAUCCUCAGAAAUUACUAUAACCGUAGUUAAUAUUAACGAUAAAUCACCUUAUUUCGUACCAGCCACACAAACGGCAGAGGUAAUGGAAGAUGUUAGAGUUGGGACUGUAGUAUACACUUUAAUAGCAUUAGAUCCGGACGUAAAUUCUUCAGAAGCUCUAAAUUUCGCAGCAACGGAACCGAUAACGGCUUUAGAUAAACACGGAAACGAAGUAAUCGACGAUGAACGUUACAAAGAAUUUUUUUCCGUAGAUAAAUUUACUGGAAAAGUAACUGUUAUUAAUCCGUUACUUCGUAACGUAGCUUCGGUAAUUAGGAUCACAGUUUUAGUAACUGAUAUAACGGCCCCGACUAUACAACAAGGACAAGGGUUGUUGAUUAUAACUAUAGGGGACGUUAACGAUUCGCCGCCGAUGUUUUUACCGCCGUGGACGAGGGAAAAUCCGAGCUAUUAUUUGGAAUUGAAAGAGGAACAACCGAUCGGUACUAUAGUCGCUACUUACAAAGCCAUCGAUGAGGAUUCGGAUAUAGCUGGUUAUAUUAUUCAACCGGAAAGCGAGUAUUUUCAAAUAAAUAACGGAACCGGUAUAGUGCAGAUUAAAAAGAAAAUCGAUUACGAGAAAAUAAAGUUGCUUAAAUUCACCGUAAUGGCUUUCGAUAGCGGCGUACCGCAAUUGAACGCAUCGGCGACGGUUUUAAUCAAAGUGAUUAAUAUGAACGAUAACAGUCCGGUUUUUACGCAAAAUGAAUAUAAAGCGGAAAUAGAUGAAAAUUCUCCUAACGGGACAAUAGUCGUUGCAGUUAGAGCGGUGGAUAAAGACGCCGAAAGUUACGGUGAAAUCAGUUAUUAUUUAACGGGCGAACACAGCGAGAAUUUUUCCAUCGACAACGAAACCGGCUACGUAACCGUAGCUAAUACGAAUUUUCUUGAUCACGAAGUUAUCAACGAAACCGAAAUACAAGUAGUGGCACAAGAUGGCGCUCCAAUUAACGUUAGAAAAUCGGUAACCGUUCCGGUACGUAUUAAAAUUAGAGAUGUAAACGACAACCGACCGAUAUUCGUGCAAAAGGAAUAUAACGUUACCGUUAUGGAAAACGUACGGUUAAACCCACCUCUACCUUUGAUACAAAUUAACGCCACCGAUGAAGAUUCCGGAAUGAACGGCAAUGUCUACUACAACAUCGUUUCCGGAAAUGAUAACGACAUCUUUCUUCUGGGCGUGGAAAGUGGUAUUUUGUACCCGCACAAGUCCUUGUUGGGCCAAACGAGGGAUUUCCAUUUGACUGUACAGGCCAGAGACGGAGGCGACGGCGGUAACGGGCAAUUGUUCGACCAAGCCACAAUUAAUGUGCAUGUCUUAAAUGUUAAUGACCAUAGACCUGAGUUCAUUAUGCCGGCCCUUCCGAACGCCACGGUCGAAGUACUGGAAAAUGCGGCAACACAGGAUUAUCUCGUGAUGACAGUAAAAGCUGUAGAUAAAGACGAAAAUGCAAACGGUAAAGUUACCUAUCAUUUCAAAAUUGAUAAAGAAAAUGUACAAGAAACUGAUGAAUUUAGUAUCGAUGCCGUUACCGGUGAGCUAAGGACACGAAAAAUGCUAGAUAGAGAAUUCAAACCAAAAUAUCAAUUGGUUUUGGUGGCAAGAGAUCACGGAUCACCUAAAUGGUACGAGACUGUACGGCACCUCACCGUGUUAUUGGUAGACGAAAACGAUAAUAGACCGGAAUUUCCCGGUUCGAAAUCGACAAAUCCUUAUCACUUUUUCGUUAUUGAAAACAACGAAAGAAACUCCCUGAUAGGUCAAGUCAAAGCAUUAGACAGAGACGAAGGUACUCACGCGAAAGUUUAUUAUUACAUAAUAUCCGGAAAUGAAAAUAACGCUUUUUAUUUGGAUAGAACAGACGGAGGGUUAUAUUCGAACAUAUCAUUCGAUAGAGAACAAAAAGAAGAAUACAAUUUAUUGGUUAUAGCUACUAACGAUCCAAAUUAUAUAACUCCCGAACAAGAACAAGAUUUAGACGAAACUGAUAGGAGUAUAGCGAAAGUUAAAAUAACAAUUAACGAUAUUAACGAUAACCCCCCAAUUUUCGAUCAACCCGUUUAUUAUUCGGCGGUUAACGCCAUGGCGAACAUUAACGAUUUCGUUAUAAAUGUAACGGCUAGAGAUCCGGAUAACGGCGUAAACGGCUCUAUAACUUAUUAUAUAAAAGCGACGAAUUUAUUUAAAUUUAAUUCGAAUAGAAGUUCGGGUUCGAUAAUACCUUCUCCAUUUAAUAUAUCCGAAAACGGACAAAUAUGCACCGCCACUUAUUUAGCGGAAAAUAAUCAACAUCGAUUUAUAAUCGAUAUUAUCGCUAGAGAAAACGCUUAUCCCGAACGAGAAGCUUCUACGAGAAUCAACGUGUGGAUAUUUGAACCAGAGCAGUUGAUUCGCGUAAUACUGUCCCGACCGAAAGAAGAAGUUUUAAAAGAAAAAGAAGAAAUUUUAGCCGAAUUAAGUAACGCCACACAAAGUUUGGUUAUAAUCGAUGAAAUUCGAUACCACAUCGAUGAUAACGGUGUUAAAAACGAUGAUUGGUCCGAUCUUUAUAUUCUCGUUGUGAAUCCUAGAACGCAAUCGAUUGUACCUGUACCGGAUGUAUUGAAAAUAAUCGAUUCGAAAUACGAUUUUUUGAAAGAUUAUUACGCGGGUUUCGCGAUCGAAAAUGUUGUACCGGCUUUCGUUACCGAAAAAGCCGAAACUUUCGAUUCUGCUUUGGUCGCUUUAAUAGCUUUGUUGGUGGUACUUAUCGUCGGUAUUAUUACUUUUAUUGUUAUCUGCUGUUGUUUGAGACAUUGGGUAUUAUCUCCGACGGAUUUGAAAAAAAAGGACGCUCUAAUUAAGAAAGCUAUCAUAGACGAUUUGACUACCACGGAAAAUCCUCUAUGGAUCGAACAAAAAUUGAAGAUAUAUGAAGAACAAGAAUUGACAAUGCAAGUUUUUAAUGAACCUGAGCAAAACGUUAAUAAUAGACGGAGCAGCGACGAUUACGUAAAUGAAGACAACGCUUAUGCAACAAUACAACAUCCAACUAGAAGAUCAUCAUCGAAUUUGGCACCGAUAAACGGGGCAGAUGACUUAGCAGAUUACGCGACACUUUCUGGUCAUGCUCAUAACCGAAACGGAAGCAACAAUAGCUCGUUAAGAGGAGGUGGUUCUAACUAUUACGAAGCGGCUAUGGGUUUUCAAGGUUCCACAUUCCAAGUACCGGAACGUUUAAAUAACGAUUACACUCCCUACGGAGUGAAAUUCGACGGAUCCGAAUUGACAAUUAAUCAAGGUCAUCACCAACCCGAAUACGUCGCCGAACUGAUUUAGUUUAACGAACUUUUAUUUUAACAACAAAUAUUGUGACAAUAUAAACUAUAAAAAGUGAUAUAUGACCCGUUUCGUUUUUUAAAAAUUGUAUUCUAUUUAGUAUUUAACUAUUUUCUCAAAAAUUACUAAAUAUUUUAUCAAAUAUAGAGAAAAAAUCGACUAAUAGUGAAAAAACAUUUUUUUCGAUUUAUUUCUACUACUCAAGUAAAUGGCCAUAUCAAACAUAUUUUUUAUUUAUUUUAAUUUGUUUCUAAUCUUUUAUUUAUUUAUUUUUUCUAAAUAAUGAUAAUGUAUACAUUUGUACAUAUUGAAAUAAAAAUAUCUUUAUGUA